UAGCCCCUCCUAACACAUCAGUUUGUCUGUUGCCUCUGUGUCAUCCUCACUCUGUCACGUUGUGUCCUGUGAAUUUGGUAGCAGCUUAAAAUGUAAUCUGACUCCCCAGAUAACAGUGUCAGUUUCUGCAGUCAGAUUUACAAUAACAUAACUAAAUUAACUGAUUUAGAAAUGCAGUGUCUCACCAGAGAUAUUAGCUGAUGUAACUGUCUUCAUAUACAUUUUUUAAAAGUAUUAUUAUUCCUAUCAACCAUGAUGUGGUAGUGUUCGUUAUUGGCUCACUACCAAAUUAGGGAUGUGGAGGCACAAUCAGUGCAAUUACAAAUUUUUAUGAUUAGGCCACCUUCCUGUGUUUGACCAGAUGUCUGCAGGAAUAUUUUAUUAUCACAAUCAUGUAUCCUCAUAUCCUGCGCCUCCCAUUCCGUUUCAUAGUAAUACUCACCCUGUUUUUUUGUUAUAUAACUCUCUGAAUAGCUACUUGCUACAAUUACACUCCCCAUCUUUCUUUAGGAGAGUCAGGGAUUUCAUUUUGAUCUAUGACUCUCCCUCAGAGUCUUGAGCCCUGAAGUAAUUAAGCUUUAAUGACAUGUAUUGAGACUCAUUUAGCCUUGCAUGUGGGACCUUUUUCAAUAAGGAAAUCAGCAGUGGUGGAAGAAGUAUUCAGAUCUUUUACCUAAAUAAAAAUCACAAUACCACAGUGUGAUUACUUCAUUAUGAGUGAAAGUCCUGUAUUCAAAAUGUUAGUCAAUUAAAAAUAUUAUCAGCACAUGCACUUAAAGUUUAAAAAAUAAAAAGAGAGAAAGAUGGGGAGAGAGAAAAAGAGCAAGUGAGAGAGGGAGAGAGAUCAGUGAUAAUAAUAGCAGAAGUCAUCAUGCAGGACCACAAUUAUAACACAUGAUCCAGGCGCACCCUGGUCUGUACAAACCUGCAAGACGAGAAAGCACAAAAGCCCCAGGGAUGCCAAGUUAGUAAUAUGGGACAUGAACUUUUGCAAACAGAGAGGAGGAGAGAGGAGCUCAGUGUGUCUUAGGAAGUUGCCCAGCGGAGUGUAUUGGCCUCACUAGGGGGUGGUUUAAGGCCAACUUGAGCCCUAACAACAUGCUUUAUCAAAGAGGAGAGCUUAAGUCCACCAAUAAAUGUGGACAUGGUAUCAGCUUCCCGGACCAAUGCAAAGUACUCAAUGCACAGAAAUGUAAGUAAUAUUAUUAGAUUAGUAUUGUUGAUGCAAGAAUGUGUAAGCAGCAUUUUACUGUUAUAGAUGUCAGAGUAAGGCUAACAAUUUUACAUACUGUCAGGUUUAGUCUAUAACAUUAUUUAUAAGCCAUUGUACAUUAUUAUGUAAAAUCUUCAAUUAGCCAUCAAAUAAACGCAGUGGAGUUAAAAGUGCAUUCCAGUGGAAAUACUUAAGUGAAGUACCUCAAAACUGUACUUAGUAUCAUGUGAGUAAAUUUAUUUUAUUACAUUCCAAAUCUGGGAAUAAAUUACAUUUGUUGAUAAUUUUGGUUCAGGUUGACAUGCCAGGCCCCAGCCCUUAUUCAAACCCAGGAUAUCAUCGGUGCAGGUCAUGUACAUUAGCCCCCUGAGCCACCUGAACACCCACUUCAUGGUCAAAAUGCUUGGUUUACAGUGUCAGCAACUUUAAACAACUGACGUCAUCUACAUAUUCUGUGCAGGACAAAUGUCUAAAAGUCUGAGACAAGGUCAAAGUUAGCAACCAAAGCAGGUAAACAGACCUUCAGUCUGUGUUGUUUCUUGCAGUGACCAGAGUAGUGAGUCAGAGACCAACGGCCUCACUGUGUUGGCCUGAAUCCCUUCUUUCCUUUUUCCCAUCAGUGGAAAAGCACCACACAGAAAAGCAGAGGUGGGGUUCUCUCGCUGUCAAAAGACCUCUCUGUCCAGCCCUUGGCCUGCAGCCAAGCAGCGGCAGCAGAAACGCCUCAGACCAGGUAGAGAGGCGCGCUUCAUAAACUCUAUACAGAUGGCUGAGCUGAGAGUCUUGUGACUCCUUUAUGGUGUGUCGUAGAUGUAGAGUUAUAAAUCACUAAAAAAUAUAACCCCUCUGAGUUCGAGGACUUGAGUCUUAAAGAUAGAGGCUGGACUUUGACUCAGGACUCAUCAUAUAAAGUGGAGGAGAGGGGAAAGGAGAUUAUUUCACCUAAAGGAGGGAGAAAGAGAGAACAAGGCCAUGGCCAUGUGGAGGACAGCAGGAGCUCUACUGCUGAUACUACAAACUGUGUUUGGCCAGAGCACCAUCAAAUGGUGCACCAUCUCAGAUCCAGAGCAGAGGAAAUGUCAGGCCAUGUCACAGUCUUUCGCCAGCGUGUCCAUCCGCCCAUCCCUUGGUUGUGUCAGAGGCCCGACAAUCGAGGGCUGCGUUCAAAAACUUCAGAAAAAAGAAGCAGAUGCCUUGUCCAUGUUUGCAAGUGACAUCUACAAGUUAGGGAAGACCGCUUCUUUCAAGAUAGCUGCCAGUGAAUCAAAGCAAGAUCGUACCGGUGCCUCCUACUAUGCAGUUGCCGUGGUGAAGAAAGCAAACACUGACAUCAACAUCAACAACCUGGAAGGAAAAAAGAGCUGCCACACCGGGAAAGGCCGUACAGCUGGCUGGAAUAUGCCUCUAGGAUACUUUAUAGACCAGGGUUACAUGUCUGUGGUGGGCUGCAACAUCCCAGAAGGUCUAGCACAUUUCUUCAACGCCAGCUGUGUCCCCGGUGCAAACCAGCCUGAUCACCCUGCGUCUCUGUGCGAGCUCUGCGCAGGAGACGGUGCUGGAGGGCACAAAUGUGAGAUGAGUGACAAAGAGAGAUACUACAGCUAUGAAGGAGCUUUCAGGUGUAUGGCUCAAGGUCCAGGAGACGUGGCCUUCAUCAAACACACAACUGUAGCGGAUAACACUGAUGGCCGUGGCCCAGCCUGGGCACACACACUGGUUUCAUCGGACUACGAGCUGUUGUGUCGCGAUGGCACCAGAGCUCCCAUCUCUGACUGGCAAAGAUGCCAUCUGGUUCGCAUCCCAUUUCGUGGGAUUGUGGUUGGCAAUCACGUCACUCCCUCUGUGGUGUUCAACAUGCUUAAGGAGGGCCUGGAGAAGUCGAACUUUAACAUGUUUUCGUCUGCAUCUUAUGGAGGAGGAACUGUACUCUUUUCUGAGUCAUCUGUCAUGUUUCUGGGGGCUGAGUCAGACGACCCCAAGAUUUGGAUGGGUCGCUUGUAUUAUGAUGUUCUGAGAGCCAUGGACUGUAAACCUGAAGAUGUCCUGCGGUGGUGUGUAUUGUCCAGCGGUGAGCAGCAGAAGUGUGCUGACAUGAGCGAUAACUUCAGUCGUAAAGGUCUAACUCCAGUCAUCAAGUGCAUCCACGGGGACUCUGUGACAGACUGCAUGAAGAGAAUCAAGAACAACGAGGCUGACGCCAUCACUCUGGACGGAGGUUACAUCUACACAGCAGGCAAAGAGUACGGCCUGGUCCCCGCUACCGGCGAAAGCUACACAAACGACCGUGAUGGUGCCAUUUACUAUGCAGUCGCGGUGGUGAAAAAGAGUGCUACUGACAUCCGUAACCUUGACAACCUGCGUGGCCGUCGCUCCUGUCACACCGGAUAUGGUCGCACAGCUGGCUGGAACGUUCCCGUGGCAACGCUGAUAGAGAGAGGCUUGAUCACCCCUAAGCAGUGUCAGAUACCCCAAGCGGUGGGAGAGUUCUUCAAGCAGAGCUGCGUACCAGGUGCAAACCAGCCCGGUUUUCCCGGCAACCUGUGCGGUCUAUGUGUGGGUGACAGCUCAGGACAGAACAAAUGUGAGAAGGGAAAAGACCUGUAUGACGGAUACAACGGUGCCUUCAGGUGUCUGGCAAAGGGAGAUGGAGAGGUGGCUUUUGUGAAGCAUUCUACUGUCUUACAAAACACUGAUGGUAACUCUGGUGAGUCGUGGACAACAGGUCUCAUGUCCAGAGACUUCCAGCUGCUCUGUUCUCAGGACACUAAAGCCGAGGUCUCCGAUUAUAAACACUGUAACCUGGCCAGAGUCCCCUCCCACGCUGUGAUGGUUCGGCCCGACACUAACAUCCAUGCCAUCUUUGGACUCCUGGACCGUGCACAGGAAUAUUUCGGCAGUGAUACGGGUACUGGUUUCAGGAUGUUUGACUCGCAGGCCUACGAGGGCACAGAUCUCAUCUUCAAAGACUCCACUGUUCGUCUUGUGGGCGUUGCUGAAAGAAAGACCUACGAGGAGUGGCUGGGCCAGGGCUACAUGGACUCACUGGUCAACAUGGAGUGUAACUCAUCGAGUGCAGUGAUGUCCUCGGGAUUACUGCUGCUGUUGGCCCUGUUCAGCCUCACACUGACCAACCUGUGGAUGUAAUUUAACACAGGCAUCCAGCCUCCUCUUCUACUCCCUUCAUCUCCUGUUUUUCUCUACUCCUUAUCUCUGAACGCUUUACUUUUCCUGUAUCUCUUCCUGUGUCUUUACUCUCUUCAUGUCUAGCCCCUGUCUGGGAAUCUUCAGAUUUAAACCUUUUUCGAAUCACCCAUCAUAGCUUUACUCCAGUCCAGUUUAGCCCUACUUUUCCAGACACCCUUCUAUCCCUGAAUCUGUAUUGUUAAUUCUAAAAUUGCAUAAUUUCUACCUGAUUGUGUGUUAAAGUACUUGGAAAUUUUGUGGGGUAAUACACGAGAAGACAGCGUGAUGGAACUGCCUUUGGAUUUAAACAGUGCUGGUGAUGAAAUGAAGCACACUGUCUCCUGUUUUGUAGCAGAUAAGAGAGUUUAGUUGGCAUAGGACUUUGAGCCCGUGUGAAUCAGACAUGAUGAGAGAAGGUGUUGCUGCCACUUUGUUUACUGAAGGUGAGCUGCCAUAUCAGUGUGUAUGCUGCCACCUGUUACAUUGCUCUAGUGGGUUGUGCACGCCUGUCUCUCCAAAGCUAGUUUUAUAAAGAACAGACAAUCUGAUUUUUAAAUGCACAUGAAAUAACGUUGUAAUUUCUAGUUUACUACAGUCUCUGAUAAGAUCUGGAUGACUUUACCACUACUGUCUGCCUUGUGUAAGUUUGAGAUCAGUGACCAGACCCUCUGUGUCGCAUUUUGCUUAGGGACUGUUCGUUAUUUAUGGGUGCAAAAGAAAUUGUUUGCACAAACUAACCAGCAUGCACGACAAGAGUAAAAAACCAAGCCUUUUUUCAACUCCAGGAUUUGGUCUUUUACUUUUCACUUUUAAACAUCAGCAGAUACAGUUUAAAUAUCUAACAUCUAAUUUAUGCUUUGGGGAGGCUAAAAAAACCUAAAAGAAAUACAAAGUCACACCCCAGCCAGCCCCCUCCUCUGAUAAAUAAAGAGCAGUCCCUUAUUCACUGUUUUGCUGAGAUGAAAUUAUCAAUAGGUCUAUUAGCUGAGCUUACCCUGACCUUAAAGCUUUUCCACCCCAGUGCCUUUAAAAUUGAUCCAGACCUGCUCUAACUGACCCCAGAUCGGCUCCUUUGGUUUUCUUUUUAAUUUUUUUAAAUUAAUUUGUAAUGUGACUAUAGAGGUCAAAUUGCUGUUCUGUUCUGUCCUGCUGCCUCUUGCUCUGUGUGCACUACCUAAACAACACGACCUUCCCUUAGUUUAGACUGUGUUUCUACUAUGAGCUAAUGCCAUAUCAGUGAAUAUGCACUAGUGUUAUCUCCACACGAAGCUGUGCUGGGGAUAGUGUGAUGAUGAGUGGCUGAGUGUUUGUCCACAGGCUGUCUGCUCCAUGUUUUCUCCUCAAAUACCUAAAAAUCAAGAAGGUAAAUUAUGUAUUUAAUCUACCCAAUUGUUCUCUUAAAAUUGCUGACUAUUGAUGGGAACUGCUUUAGCAGCUGAUAUCUCCUGCCUGCAGCCAUUUUUAAACCUUUUUAGCAUUUCAAUCCAAACAUGCAGACACAAAUAGAGUGGGUCACUCUGACACACGGGUCAGGUGCCAUCCGAUUUGGGGAGAGCACAAAGUAAACAUCCUGUGGUUUGUGCUGGGGAAUGAAUGAGUUUUUGUUUGUCAUGAUCAGUCAAAUAGGGUUGCAUUUUGAAUUUUGAUAUGAAGUAAGUAAAUUGACUUCUUUCUGGUGUGGGAAUGUUUGUGGCUUGCUAUCUUUAGUCAUGCGAGAGUGUCAAAUGAAUGUAACGUAGUUUAAAGAAAGUAAUGUUUAUAAUAGACUAUUGUGAGUCAAAUAAUCUGCACUCAUGCUCUCUAACCCAGUGAUUCUCAACUCCUUUUAUUUGGAGGACAUCUAAAUUGAUAUAUAUUAUGUCACGGACCCCCAUGUGAUAAGAUUUGUUUUCAGAGACCUCCAUUUGAAAAGGUUUGUUUGUUUCGAGAGGAUUAAGACCAGAAUUCUACAGUUCAACUACAGUCAAGUGUGAUCAGAAUAGUCACUCUUGCAACUCUUACUCAUACUGGGCUCACUUAUAGUAAAUUAGAUAAUAAAACUGCUCUCUGUUUUUCUGGGGAGCCCUUGGAAUUCCCUCAUGGACCCCUCUGUGGGGAACCACUGCUCUAAUCCAAACAAUUCACUCCACAAACAUCUCUUUCUGACUUUAACUAUCCCGUUCGGGUCAUAUCCACUGUACUACCUGCUGCUUGAUGCUGCUUCCUGGUUUAAUUAGUUGAUUGGAUGUGUAUUUUCCUACGUUGAGAGAUUUAUUUUUAUAUGAAGUUCAGAUGCCAUAUCAGUGAAUAUGUACUGACUCAUGCUGUCAGAAUAGAACCCCUUCUCUUCCUCCUGAUAGAGAUUUAUUUCUUUGUGAAAUGAUGUCAUAUGUAACUAAUAUUUAGUUGCCAGGCCAGUGAGUCUGCACAAGUAUUGCUACAUAAAGCUGCUGUCUUAAGCUGUUUUCUGUGCUUGUUCAAAUGAAAUAAAGGCUUUAUAAAAUGCAUUCAGAUGAA